AUGUGGUGGCAAGUUUUUGGUUUUAGUCAUAAAAUAGAUUCUACUGAUAUUAAUGAUCAAUUAUUUAACGAUUUAGAUUUAUCAUUAUUCCAAAGAAAGAAUAAAAAAACACUGACCAUUUAUAUGAUAUCUGUUUGGGGGAUGACAUUACUGAAAGUGAUCCAUCUAUUUUCAGAUAUAUAUACAUGUAUUAAAUUGUUAGCUUUCAAUACGUGGUCUAAUGAAUAUAUCCAACCAUAUUUACCCUUCAAGAUCUCGAAAUGGUUAUUCAGUGGAUGUAUAAUCUUUUCGAUACUACUGUUAUUAUGGGAAGGGAUACAUGGUUUACGUAUUUAUCAAACUCAGAAUGUGUGUUAUGGAUAUAUAAACAAUUUUGCUAGGACAUUAUAUUGUCUUAGAGAUUAUCGAAUAUUUUGCUUAUUUGAUAAAGUAACACCAAGUGGAGCUUUCCAAAAGUUAACAUUUUUUUGUUUUUUUGAACUUAAGAAUUGUAUACGAUUAAUAUUUACCGACUCCCCAAGACAAGUCAUCAAUGGGUUGACGUUGUGGUCAGUGUUAGCUGCUGCUUCAGACAGUACUACGAUUGCCAACGAUAGCAAUAACUCUGAUAAUGCGAACAAUUCCAAUUUGCUCCAAAUUUAUGAUGUUCAUGGUGUAAUAAGUAGAAUCCGUAUCAUUGCACAAACAAAUCAUGAGGAAGCAGUCAUGUUAUCCUUUAUGUUAGUUUCAUUUCUAAUUUGGAUGCUAUUAUUUUUAAAAUUCUCCAUUGCUGUCGGAGGUUCUCUAUAUGUUUGUUAUCGAUUUCAAAGGGAUUCUCAAUUUAAGACAGUAAGAGAAUAUAUUUCUAUUACUAUCAGUUAUAAUUUAGAGUAUUUAAUCGAGAAAUAUAAAUACAAACAAUUUUAUUCUCAAAGCGACCUAUUGGAAUCCAUUGAUGAUUCCGAGGAUGAUUCCGAUUGGGAUAUGCACACGAUGUCAUAUUAUAAUCAUCAAAAUAAUUAUAUAGAUGGAGAAUUAGGUAAGAUUAGUUUUGUAAAGACACCUGAUACGUUAUAUAGUAUACCUAGUUAUUAUUAUAAAUGA